GUAUGUUACUUUGUGAUGUAACAUCAUUUGCCACCUUCCCAUUUAUAUAAUAAAAUCCCUUCCCUUUUCAUUUCUACCUAAAACAAAAGAAAAAAAUCAAAAUCCUCUCUUUUGUACAUGAUGAUGAAAACUAACCACUUGUACGGAGAAGGCGGGGUGCGUCUAGAACUCACCCCAACCACCACUUCCCCGCUUGCUAUCGACGUGACGGAGUCUGCGGAGAUGAGAAUUCAACGUCUCAUCUCCGAAAACCCCGUCGUAAUCUUCACUCGUUCCUCUUGUUGCAUGUGCCACGUCAUGAAGAAAUUACUAUCUGCUGUUGGUGUUUACCCCACUGUAAUUGAACUAGACGAAGAAGAGAUCGCUGCCUUACCUACCUCAGCCGCCGAAGAUCUUCACGUUAAUAAUAUUCCCGCCGAUGCUCCGGCGGUGUUCAUUGGUGGGACACGUGUCGGUGGAUUAGAGAGCCUUGUUGCACUUCACUUGAGUGGUCGACUUGUUCCUAAGCUUGUGGAAGUCGGUGUCAUCACUCAUGUGGUAUAGUAAAAUUUCCAAUCUUUUUUAUUUUUAUCUAAAUUUUCCACAAUUAAAAACAGUUUCAUCUUUAAUUACUUCAUAAUGAUUCUAUUUUUCGUCUAGUACCAAGUGUUAAUUAAAUAAUGGACUACUCUUUAUCUGUAUUUUAAUGAAAGCUAAGUGUGUUGCUUUUUUUUUUUAAUAUAUUUUUCUUCCCUUAUUUGGGGAUUUAAUUUA